AUGAAUCUUGAUGAUCCAGAAGUCAUCAGGCAAAGAAUUCAUGCAUUGAUCGCAUGUAAUAAAAGUGACAUGAUCACUGCAUUACCACCUGAUCGCAUAAAAACGAUGUUAGAGAAUGAAAUAAAUCGAUUACGUUUGACCCGUACCGCUGCACUGGAUCAUCAAGAUUCAUCUGAGGAUGUUGAAUUUUUGGGUUAUGAAUCUGAGGAUUUUAGAUUUGAACAUUUGGAAAACGAAAUUCAAUUUGAAAAAUGUUCUAUCGAGAAAGGCGAAAUUUUAGAAAUUAGGGAAUGGAUCGCAAAAUCGCUUCAGUCUGGAAAAUAA